AUGACUACUCCUCAAUUCUGGUCGACGCCUCUCCGGUACCUUCGCUGGGCCUCUCACGAAAAGCCCGCUAUCUUCUAUGCCCUCGUCACGGGCGCCAUGGGUCCCGUCGCCCUGGUGACUCUCCCUCCGAUCAGACACUUCUUCGGCGACGUCGACCCGGAGCCUAUCCCCCUGACAUAUCCCAUUCCCCAGGGUCGCCGGGUUAUCCCGCAAGGCUACGACGACGAGUAA